ACUCAGUUUCUGACUCUUGAAACCCUGUGACUUCCUUUGCGUUCUUCCUAUGCAUUUACCGAAAUACCCCUGCUACGACGAUAAUUUACCCUUUCCACCCAAUGGCAUCGCUCUCUCCCUCAUGCCCGUCGGCAAAUCUGGCCGUCCGAAAGCUUAAAAGCACGAUCGCAGUAUCUGCAGCAUCGAAUCCCAACCUUCCGAAUCAAGCGAAGAAAACUGCCGACAUAGUGCAGAAAGAGCUGAUAACGGCCGAUCCGAAACGCCCUUGGUGGGCCCCGCUCUUCCGCUUCGGUUCGGAGCGGAACACGGGCGAUCAGGCGAUGAGAUCGGGCGCUGACGAGUCGGAGAUGCGGAAAUCGACUGCGAGGAGAUCGGGUCUGACAGCGGAGAAGGCGAGGGUGCUGAGGAAGGAGUUGAGAGCGAUGGAGUGCUGGCACGACGCGAUGUACCAUUCUGCUAUCGCUUCCCGUCUGGCUUCGCCCGAUCAGUCGUGAAAAGGGCGGAGGAAGAUCGAUUGAUCGAUCGAUCUUCAGAUCUUUUGUAAAUAUGGAUGUAGAUUAGAAAUUUAGUAAUGGAUGAAUGGUUUGGAUGUUAUAUGUAAAAAGGACCUUAUAUUGCUGAUGUGAAGCUUUUCUUUUCUUUUC